AACACUCUCUCGGAUGCUGGGGUUGGUGAUUCUUGCUUGGCACGCGAGUUACAGUGCCAAAACUGCUUCAAUACAGUCCACUGUAUAUUCCGUAUCCCUUUUUUUUCUAUCUUUUUGUCCCCCUCCCCCUCUCUCUCUCUUUCUCUCUCUCUUUUUCUCUCUUCAUCGAACCACUUAUCAUCUUCCAUCCCCCCCUUCAUCUGUCUCUCUCUCUUUCUCUCUCUAUCCUUCUUCUCGGCUCUUUUCUCACAACGUUCCAAUAUAGCGAAGCACGUGCCUCCCUCAAAAGUCUUCUUUCAUUUAUUCCGAAACCAUCUUCACUACAACAAUUUCCUCAUAGUGACAAAGUCUCCAAAAAAAAAAUUUUGUGUAGUACUAUGUUUUAUUAUUUUAUUUUUUAUUAUAUUAUUUUUUACUACUGAUAUUUGUGUUCAAUUAUAAAUUUUAUAAUGUGAAAAUGAAAAAAAUGGUGAUACUGUUUUUUACGUGUCUUAACUUUUGUGAUUAAAUAAAAAAAAAAGAAAGAAGAAGAAAGUGAAAAGUGGAUAUUUUGUUUUUACUGUUCUUCGUUAAAAAUUGAUAGUGAUAAUUCCAUUUUACAUGGUGCCCGAAUCUACUUUUCCCAUUUCAGGGGGCAUUAUGCAGACUGAGGAAGUCGCGCCCCGUGCACAAUCAACGGGGCUAGAAGGCUCCCUGACAGAUACGCUGCCUUUUCAACAUUCAUUGCAUCAUAAAAUUCCUCCACUUGUACACAUGGCUGUUAAACAGGAACCACAAGAGGAAGAAGAACGGGGACGUGAAUCCAAUAAUUUAGGACCCGAAUUGGAGACAUCAUUCUCUGGUGAUGUUAAUCAUCAACUACAGGGCAAUCAGCAGGUGCACGAUGUCAGUACAGGACAAUCGCCUCAGGACAAUUCCAACAGAGCUAGGCCCAGUCGAGGUCGCAGAAAGUCAAGGUGGAAGCUUAAAUUUCAUCAUCAAGCACUGCCACCAGAGUAUUUGGAUCAUUAUGAAGCAGCAUUAGCUCAAGAAGCGUUAAAUUCAUCACCGACAUCAGUUUCGGAGACUUCGCCUAGUCCGGCUCCAACUACUUCCACUUCGACCCCAAGCCCCAUUUCUGAUGUUCAUGGAUGGCUUCAAAGAAUAGCGGCAAUGCAACAGGAACUUUGUCCUCCACUGCCACCGAGUCCACAGCCAAAUAAUAAUUUUGGAAAUUCUAGAAGAUCAGUGAUAACAUCCUCUUCUCAGCCUUAUGGAAAUCAUCAGCAGUCGCAACCUACUCCAAGACCACCAAUGAAAUAUUCCGAUCUUCCCUACAUGGGGGAAAUUACUCUUGACAAUAGCAAACCCAGAAGAGGUAGAAAGCCGAAGAAAGCAGACAUCUGUCAUCUUAUAUACAAAAAUUAUGGGACCAUUUUACCGGGAACACCAGGACGGGAGGAAAUAAAAGCACCUAGAGAGAAGCUUGAUAAAGAUGCUCAUAUUCCGUUUCAACGAACUGAUAUACAAAAUAGAAUCAGUAGUCUUUUAGAAAAGAGGCUUACACAGGAAUCACGUAGGAGUCUUGGUUUAGAUUCUUUAAAGGAACAGGACGAACCACUAAAUCUUUGUGUACGGGAUUUAAAUCAAUUAAAAAUACGACUACUGAGGAAACAUGGUAAUGUCUACGAGUCCGGUCAGCUAAAAAGUGAGGCCUCUAGUGACAAUGAAGAUAUCGAAUGUCUAGGCGCUUCAUACGAUCCCAUUAGACAAGAAACCAAUAACAAUGUCGUCAACAAUAAUAAUGACCCAACGAAUCCUAAUCCUGGUUUUGUCUACUGGCCAAACGCUGGUGUCUUCAUUCAUCCCAUGGCUCUUCAAUCACAAUUUCUCUACUAUCAAAAAAUGGCACAAAACGAAAAGAACUCACCUAAACCGGAUACUUCACCAAAAGAACAGAAAAUUGUCCCCAAAUCAUUGUACUCAAUGUUGGAUAAUAAUAAUCCCACUCCAGUACCUUCGCCAUCAACUCCAACGUCAACCCCAUCGCCAGUGUCUCCUCGACCAAAAAGAAAUGCCCCAUCGUCAAAUCCAGCUCAACCGACAAAACGAAAAAGAUCAGCAAUUUUCAUUCCACCGAUGCCAACCGAAAACAAUAAUAAUCCAACCACUGAGGUUAGUAUUUGUAAAUUUAAAUUCACCGGUGGUGCUAAACCAACACUCCAAGAGAAAAAAAGUCUCUCCGUUGAUGCUGGUGGAAAUUUUAGAUACUAUAGUGGAACUGGUGAUAAAAGUAUGAGGGGUUAUGAAUUCUUUCCAAGAGAAGCUCUUCAACAGCCAGCAGGACAAGCUGGAUCAUCAACUGGAGCAUUUUUAAAUGCUGCAGCCGAGAGAAUUACAACUCCCACAUGUCCAAGAUCACCCACUCUUGACGAUGGUCGAAGAAAGAGAAAAACAAGAAAAUCCAUUCAAAGAGAAAAACUCGAACAAACCUUCAAGGAAAAGGGCUUUUUAAUACAAACCCAACAAUUAGAAUCGGCUGAAGGUGCAACUUAUUGUAAAUUUCGUCAGUUGAGAAAAUUUACAAGAUAUCUUUUUCGAAGUUGGAAAGACUAUCUUCCGGGUAAUGUGCGCGAAUUAACUGGCGGUGAAGAGGUUAAUCACGAUGCCGAUGAAAGUGAUCCCACCACAGCUAGUUCACCAAGUCCUCAUUCAAUAGUGGAAAUUCCACCGGGUCUUCUUGAGGAAACAAGAACUCUCAGUUCGUAAGACUGUAAUUUGACAAAAACAAUGUUUUAGAAUCGACUAGAAAAAAGAUUUAUCGAAAAAAAAAAUUGGAAAAUGAUCGCUUUUUUCCAAUGCUGCCCAUAUUUCUUAUCUCUUACUCUUUUAGAUAAAUCCACGUUUGUCCCUUUUUUCCUCCCAUGUUUCUCUGAUCUCAUUUUCUUCUUUUUUGAACUUCUUACCUUGACGUCCUUCGUUUUAAUCCCUCCAUUCGACCAUCUCAUAUAUUUCUUGUAUGCAUCACUUCUACUUUUUUCUGUUCCUUCACGACUCCUAUAACUCCUCCCCCUUGAACAUUAAUAUACUUUUCGUUCCAAGGCUCUCUUUCUCUUAAAUCUUGAACUUUUUCCAUCACUCUUUUACAUAAAGUGACUGCAAGUUAUUUUAGCGGCAAAAAUUUCACAAAUUUAUUGAUUUAAAUGGAUUUCAAGUGAAAUUCCACAACAAUUUAUGAAGAAAAGAAAUAACGACCGGAAGUGUUGUACGAUUUCUCGUGAUUGUGAGUUUCUCCGCGACAUGGUUUUUUUUCACGUGUGUCUCAUUUUUUUUUCUUUAAUUAUAAGACGCAGGGAAAAAAAAUUUUUGAAAAGUAAAGCAAAAAAAUAGAAACACAAAUUUAAUAAGCGUCGGUUAGUGGAUUAAAAGUCAAUUGAUUGAGUUAUAAGAGGCGAUCAUGAUCAUCAUUGUUUGCAAUGAAUGAGUGCGAGUGAGUUCCAAGAAUGGAUUCUAUGAUCCGGUGUAAAACGCUUGGCGACUCGUGUUCAGCUUUUAUUUGUGCUAGGAAGAGUGUCGUGCGAGAGAAAAUUGCUCAAUCUAUACACUAUAUACUAUGUUCUCUGCGACUUUCUGUUCAACCUGUCGUAUGCGGUAUGUCAAUUAAACAGUCAACGAUUCUACAAUGUUUCUAUAAAAUCAAUACAUAUAUAUAUAGCUUUAUAACUUGCCUUAGAGAAAAAUGAAGAAAGAUAUUUUACUAAAAAAUUACUUCUUUUUUAAGAUAUUUAUUUUAAUUCUUUUUUUUAAAAAAAGGUGGUUCUGAAACUGAAUUUUGGUAAUUAAAAGUUUUAGAAAUAUUUGAAAAGAUUUUAUGGGAAAAGUGUCAUUUAAAAAAAUUAAAAUUUUACUACUGGAAGUUAAUGAAAAACUAUUCUAUAAAUGCUAAAUUUUUUUUUAAUUAUUCAUCAUCUUAGCAUGAAAAAACUUUUCCAUCUUACUUACCUUUGACUUCUUCAGUAUAAUUAGUGGUUUUUAGUUUUUUUUUAAUUAUUCAUCAUCUAAUAUGAAAAUACUUUUACGGUUUCCUUACCUUCAUCAUCAUCCUGUUAAUUAUUUUUGGUCUAAUUUGGUUUUAGCCCUAAUUCUGACAAUUAUUUUUAAUUAUUCAUCAUCUAAUAUGAAAAUACUUUUCUACUUCCCUUACCUUUAUUCUCGUCCCGUUCAGAAUUUUCAGUAUAAUUUGGUUUCAGCACUGAUUCUGACAAUUAUUUUGAAUUAUUCAUCAUAUAAUAUGAAAAUACUUUUCCACUUUCCUUACCUUUAUCCUCGUCCCAUUGUUGGUAUGGUAGAUUUCUAUGUCGGUAAUUUUUUAUAUUAGCAUUUUCACUGCAAAAAGAAGUAUCUUAUUUUGAGAUGUUUUGGUCGCCAUUUUAAGAUGUUUUUUACAACUUGCUUCUAAGUUAUCAAAAACAUAUUAAAAUGCAUUAGUUUCUUAAGAUGUAAGAUGAAUAGGAAGAUGCUUUUGGUAAUUGGCUUCCAAUGUGUCUUAUAAUAAGAUACAUCUUUUUGCAGUGUUGGAAAAAAAUUUCUUUACCAUCAGUCGGUAAGAUAGAUUUCUAGGUCGGUAAUUUUUUAUUUUUCAAAAUUUUUUACGUUAAUUUUUUUUAACCAUCUACAGUGAAACCCACGUAUAUCGGAUUUCAAGGGACCGGAAAAAUAUCCGGUUUAAGCGAGAAUUCGAAUAAUGCGGGUCCGAUGUACGUGUUUCACUGUAUUUUUAGUCUUAUUUUGGUUUCAGUAAUGAUCCUGACAAUUAUUUUUAAUUAUUCAUCAUCUAAUAUGAAAAUACUUUUUCACCUUCCUUACCUUCAUCUUCGUUGACUAUUUUUCGUCUAAUUCGGUUUCAGCACUGACCCUGCAAAAAAAGAUUCGAUUAUCAAUAAAUGAUAAUUAUAAUCAAAAAUUGUUACUGAGAAUGUUUUUUUUUUUAUCUAUUUAAUCGAAUUAUUAGACUGUCAAUCAUCUUUGCUAUAAAGCAAUUAUUAUAAAGCUAACAAUUGCCAGAUUUCUACGUGAAACAGUGAUAAUAAUUAUUUUUAUACUGUAGAUGAUGUGUAAUGAUGAAAUAACAUUGAAAUGUGAGAAGAGUUAGUGCAGGAAAAAAUUUCCUUUAACAGAGAAAAUAGGUGAGCAUCUGUACCCACUCGAAGAUAAUAAUAAAAAUUGAAUAAUUUGCGUGACAAUUAUGAUAAAUAUAUGUAUUUGCAAAAAAAAAAAAAAUGGUAUGGUGCUACUACUAAUUAGGUUUUAGUGCAUUUAAAAAUACAUUAUACAAAGAACGCCUUAUUCACACAAAGAAUUAAUGAAAGUGUAUAUAAAUGAGAAAAAUUCAUGUCCUUGUCAUCGAUUAAAUAAUGAAUCCUGUAAAUUUGAAUACAUAGCUUUGUGCCAAAGAUGGGAGACUGGAAUGUAAAUAGGGUGUAAUAUGAAGAGCGCAAGAAUGUGUUCACCAAAGAGUGGUCGUGUCAGUCGGUCGAAUUGAUCAGCACCCACAUUAUAUUGAAAAAAAAAAAAUUUAAAUUGUUAAUUCGCGUCUUACUUUUUUUUUUUUUUUAAAAACACAUUUAAAUCUUAAUCAACAAAUGUGAGUAGCAUCACUAACAUUAGUCACAUUUAAAAAAAAAAAUUGUAAAUAAAAAAUUCCAAUUCAAAUAAGGAUUUAAAUGAAAAGAAAAUUAAAUUAUUAAAAAAAAUUUUUGAAUCGACGGCACUUAUUGGUGUAUUGAGAAAAAGAGAGCGAGGGAUUUGUGCAUUUGUAAAAUGAAGAGUGAUAAAAAUGUCAUUGUUAUCAUAUUUUUGUAAACUAUAUAUACGUUAUAUUAUUGUUAUAUAAUAACGGAAUCUAACGAAGUCUAGUCUUUAUUUAUAUACUCUCAUUACAUCGGAGAUUUUUUUUUUUUUUAAUUUAAUUGGCGGUUUAAAAUUUUAGGAGCUUUAUACAAUAAUCGUUAUAAAAAAAAUCAGCUGUACAAAAUGUGCCAUUUCAUGCUUGCAAAUGAAAAAAAAAAGGAAAAGCAAGAAACCGUCCGAACAAGACUCGUAUUUUUCACGCUACACUACAAACAUAAACACAAAUAAAUUGUAUGUUAUACAAAUCGUCUUACACGAAUGCUCAUUGUACAGAGAGAUCAUUCUUUAUAUAUAUAUAGCUUUUAAUGAAGAUGUACUGUUAUAUAUUAAAUAUAUGAAAUAUUGAACAAA